GUCUGUUGCAUUGUUCCUCUCAAACAAAACCUCCCUGCCAAAGCCCUGGAGUACUUGGCUCUGAAAGUGCCAGGCUGGUAGCAAAUUCCUGCUCAUUCGUCCUGUCCUGCCUCCUCCCAUAGCCCCAUAGCUUUCCUCUCUCCCCUGCUAUGAUGGGUGGGAGAAUGCAGGCAAGAUGGGGUGGUGCAUCCCCCUUGCAGCCUGUUUUUCACUGGCUUCACAUUAUCAGGUGGGCAAAAGUUCUGCUCUCCAGACCCAGUUUGCCUAGGGUCAGACUAGCAUAUGGCCUCGGAGCAGACGAGGGUAAACAGGCUUUCAGAAAUGGGACUGGCUGCUCAGCUUACGGGGAAUUGAAGCGCUAAGCUCUUCAUCAUACAGAAGGGUUUUUAACAAGUGCUGGAUUCAUUGGGAAGCUCCUCCUGCCUUAUCACUGCAGCCACAGGAGCAACUCAGAGAAUAGAAACGUACACUUAAAAAAUUGGCCUUCCAGGACAUGAACCAAAAGGAGAGCAGUUACAGACCCAGAGAAGGAAGCACUGGGGCUAUCGGGAGUUGCCAUGCUCCUUGGUGCAUGUGCAAAAUCACACUGCCAGGCAGCCGGGAGCAUUUGUCAGCUUUUUGGUCUAAUGCACCCAUUUCUGGCCCCUGGGUCAGGGGGGACACUGCAAUCCCAGCGCAGCCAAAGGCUGUACCUUGAGUUCCUGUUGCUGGAGGCUUUACCUGAAUUGCUGUGCAAUAUUGUUAAUGCUCUCUUUUUUUCUAGUCAACUUGCCCUGUACUCCUGCGCGUAUUCACUACUGCACUUUUCACUACCUUAGAGGAAAAUCAGGAGGGUUUCCCAAUCAGUAUUUCUGCUUAAGUUGGCUUGUAUUUUAUAAUAGGAGGCUUAAUAGGGAGGUAACAGAGGUAGGGAACAGUGAAGAGCCUCUCCUUUUCCUCCUCUCUGUCUCUGCAUCUAAGUUCUGAAAGGUCCCUCUAAGGCAUCCAUCUGCUCCUGGGAAACAACAGUCAAACACCUGUGUGCCAGAUGUAAACAGCUGCAUGGUAGGUGUCGUCUGUGAUCCAGCCGUAAUACAAACCAUGCUUAGGAAUGGUUACAAAUGGCUCCAUAAAAAAGACAAAAUGCAUAGCACAGGUAAGUAGCACCUCUUUGCUUAUUUCAUCUUUCCUUUUAUCUUAUUUGCUUUCAUAUCUAUGCCAUGGAGGAUGCUUUCGUGUGGUGGGAUGAAUAGCAGUUGAAUUUCAUUAAUCUGGCCUCAGUGUAUUAAAUCACUUAAGUAAAUGCUUAAGUCAUGUGCUCAGUCUAAACAUUUGUUUAACUGCUUACCUGAAUGGGGAUACUUUAGUGCUAUUACUUACCUUUGCUACCACUGGUGGCUAGCCUGGCAAGCUGGCUAGUUCUCUCUUUGAUAUUUAACUUGGUGCAUGUAAAAUUACCUAAUCUGAGAGUUUCUGGUACCAAAUCCCUUUAAAUACUGCAAUCCCUAGGCAGCACAGACUUCGCAAGGGCAUUGCAAAGUACCUUCUGAAGACCCCGCUGGGUAAGGGUAAUGUGCCUUUUGCCUUUGGGACAUCAGUGUUACAGGCUACGGCUGCCUUUUUCACCCCUCCAGGGCUGGCUUUUCACUACUUGCUUCCCAUUACAUUUUCCAUUUUUUAAUACUUUGGACUGAUAUCAGAAGCCCUUUUUUUUGUUGUUUAUUUUUAUUUAAAACUUGCAACUUCUUGCCUUGUCCAAAGACCACUGUUAGCAGCUGUAGGCAAUGCACUGACUGUUUUCCAACAGUCUGUGUGCCUCUGCUGACAACUUCAACAAACAUAUUGAAUUUCAAUCUGGAUCGUGAUAUUUUAUAAUCUCACAUUUUAUAAUCUCACAUUCCAGGCAGUUACAGUUUGAUUCUCCUGUCAUUAUGAGCUAUUCGUAUUUUUAGCAGGCUGCUGAAUAGUUCAUGCUGUGUCAGAUCAUGCUGGUUUCUCUCUAGUAGUUGCAUUAUAAUCCCCUAAGGAAACAUAUUCUGUAAAACAGGUUUGGCUCAGACUGGAUGUUAAAUCAAGGUUAUAAAAAAGCUUGCAUUUUCUUUUCUUAAUUUUCUUUCUUUCCAUUCCUCCCCUUCUUUUCUUUCCUUCUUUCCUUCUCUUUCUUCCUUUCUUUCCUUCUUCCUUCUCUUUCUUCCUUCCUUCCUCCCUCCAUCCCUGCCUGCCUCCCCUUCCUCCUUCCACCCACAUCUGGCACGUAUCUGUUUUCAUUUGCUAUAGGGUGGGAAUCCUCAAGAAAAAGAAAGCCUUGAGGCUGUUCUCACCUGGCAUCAAGCAAAGUUGCUGAAACGAACUUGUAGCCACAAGAAGCAGGAUCAAAAGAUGCUGCUCCUUAAUUGACAGGAAAGAGACUGACACUGAGCAAGUGUAGCCUGCUACGCAGGAGAUUUUUUGACGGAUUACAGUCCCAGCAAACUCCAACUCUAGAAGAAGAAUGACAGCUGGGAGACCUAAACCAGACUUUUCACCAUCCUGGAAAGGAACUGGCUGCUAGUAUUUGGAGGUUUUUUUUUAAUGCUCUACCUCCCUCUGCUGUUAUCAGUGAGAAGUUCCUCGACAAUGGGAAAUCAUGUACUUGCGGCUUCGAUUUCCAUGCUCUCGCUCCUGGCAAUGAUGGGAGAGUCGGACAGUAAAACAGACAGUUCUUUCAUGAUCGACUCUGACCCCACCCGCUGUAUGAGGCAUCACUACGUCGACUCCAUCAGCCACCCCCUGUACAAGUGUAGCUCGAAGAUGGUGCUGCUGGCUCGCUGCGAAGGGCGCUGCAGCCAGACGUCACGCUCGGAGCCGAUGGUGUCUUUCAGCACCGUCCUGAAGCAGCCUUUCCGCUCCACCUGCCACUGCUGCCGUCCCCAGACCUCCAAGCUGAAAGCCAUGCGGUUGCGAUGCUCGGGGGGCAUGCGGCUCACUGCCACCUACCGCUACAUCCUCUCCUGCCACUGUGAGGAAUGCAACUCCUAGGGACAUACCUGCCACAACAGAGGUGGGACUGGGAUGUUGCUGUGGGGGAAGGCUCCCAAGAAAUUACCUGAGGUGAGGCCGAUGCUCCUGGCGUACGAUUGCAGCGAGGACAGGACUAACCAGGCUGGAUUGGAUCUGAGAGCUAAGGCGUAAAAUAUCCUGGGGCCCUGGAUGGUGCUGGUACCGAAGUGUGGGCUGUGACAAAGGCGAAAGCAUGGAGACUUGUUUUUAAGAAGCCUUUCUUUUUUUCUGAAAGGAUUUUUUUUUUUGUGAGUUUCUUCUUUUUCAGGCUCAGCUCUGACUACAGAGAGGCGCUUUUACUUUAGGCCAAGGGCAGCAGGGGAAAAGAGAGGAAGGUCAGCUGGAUGACAGCACUGCUCUCUGGAAGUUGGCGUUUGGACAGACGAUGGGCAUUAGUUCCCAUGUACAACCUCUUAACCUAUCAAUUUAUUCUCAGUCUCCUAGUUAUAUUGGCCUUCAAAACAAACUGCGUUGUUGGAAAGGGUUAUCUGUCACUGAUCUAGCAGCCAAGCGCUGGAUAACUUUAACUGUGGUUUAGCAGAUAUUACAAAUAAAUAAUUGAAAAGUGAUAUGAAAUGUCACGCUGGGAUUACCCAGUCCUAGCCAGCUGAAAUUAUUAUUUGCAGCAUGCAGCGUCAGAGUUCAGUGGCUGAGCAACUCCUGAGAAGUGAAAGGUCACGAGACUCAUUAUUUGCCUCUAAAAGCCUGGAAAUGUGACACAUCACAUCUGUCACAAAAGUGACACUAAAAACUAAUCAAAGAUUAAAAUAACACAUACUAAAUGGAGUAUUUUCUUAAUUUGCGUAGACCUGUCGAUAUACAGAGCCAGAGCCACCAAAAUAAUGACCAAACUUAGGACUUGUUUUCAUCUGUAGCUCUUAGGACAUGGAGCAUCAUUUUGCCUUUUAAAGGGAGGCAAUCCCAAACACAAGUGAAUCACACUGACAUGUCCAUAGGAAGCUCAAGGCAGAGUUUGAGUCCCAAUAUUAUCCACUGGAGCACAAAGGCUGUGUUUUGAUUUACCUACUGAUCUGUUACCUGGGACCCUGGUUGACUCAUCAUCCAGCUUGACAGCUGCUCGGGGAAUGGCACAGCUCUUGGUUGAUCCAUAAGCCCAUGUGUCCUUUGUGCACACAGAGGGAUGUAGAAGGCUGUGGCCGGGUUAGCAGAAGUCCAAACCUCACCCAUAGGUGAAGCUGUGGGACAGCCAGGGCAUCAGAACUGCAGGGUCCUGCAGAGCAGGGUAGCCAGUGCUUCUCAGUAAGAAGCAAGUAAGGCCAGGAGAUGCUUACCACUGUAGGACCAUUGCAGAAAGAAAUGCCUUGAGGAGCUGAAUGAAUUGCAGCGAUUGAUGGAUGAAAGGACCUCAAAAUAACAAAGGAUCCCAAGCUUUGGAAUGGUAUUUGCAGAGAAACUCUGUCCCUCCUCCCUUAACAUGAGGUUUUAGGAAGGUGUAGACACAGUUACUUGUGACUGCAAGGCAACAAUAUAAUGUAUAGCUUAUCUCCUUAAAUGGCAGUAUAUCCAGUCAGUCAGCAAUGUGUCUGUGAUGUUCACAUAAACCUGGCUAAGCUAUUUCUUUGACAGAAGUCAUCAAGAGGAUUCAGAGUCAGAGUCAGUGCACUUUCUACCCCGCAGUAGCACCCACAUGCAUAGUCCCACAGUUAUUCUUUGGGACGGGCUGGAGCGACUCCCCUACACAGCCAUGUCUGGCAGGGCCCCAUGGUAAGGAGGGGAAGCUCUAUCCAAGCCCAGUGUUUGGUCCAUCUAUUCAGUGUCAUCCAGUCUUCCUGCAGCAAAUGCCAUACACAGCAGCUCGAGGAUGCACACUGACACUGCAGGGGAUCCCGAAGGUCUGCCAGGGAGGGCAGUUGUCCUGUGGUCUACACAGGAGUUACUGUGGCUGCUCAGGCAAAACCAAAUUCCUUUGCCACUGCCUCCUCAUGGCAUAUAUAUAUAUAGGAUGCACAAUGGAACUGCUCACCACCUGCCGACAGAUGCCCAGCCAGUACCUGAGCAGCGAUUGCUGCCCUGCUGGCUAACCCCCCCCAGUUUAUAUACUGAGCAUGAUGUCACAUGGUAUGGAAUAUCCCUUUGGCCAGUUUGGGUCAGCAGUCCUGGCUGUGCCCCCUCCCAGCUGCUUGCUGGCAGGGCACGAGAAGCUGAAAAGUUAUUUUCAUACUAAAUCUAAAACACAGCACUAUACUAGCUACUAGGAAGAAAAUUAACUCUAUCCCAGCUGAAACCAGGACAGAUGUGAAGGCAGGCAGGUGACAGGCACUGCUCUUGCACACCAAAUCCUGGAACAGGAUGGCAGUCAGUAGUGGAAAGUGUUGGGAGACAGGUACACUCACAGACACUAGUUAAGAGAGGUCUGUGAUACAUGGAAGGAUUGCCUCUGUCUUCUGGAGAUGACCUGGAGAUAGCCAGUCUUCAACAACACAGAGCUGUGGGCAAACAAAAGGGUGAAUCAAACUGUUAGAAGCUGAGGGGCUCAAGUUCAAAUGCCAACACUGGGAGUGAUGAGCCCCAGUGCGCUUAUUAGACACCACAAGUUGUUUCAGCACUGUCAGUCAUUCUUUUCACAUCUGAUGUGUGAUCUGAACAUCAAAGGGCGAGCAAAGGGAGUGCGAGCCGGGCAUUAUCACCAGACUACUUUACAUGAAAGAUCAUAUGUGCUUCCCUUUUCCACUCUCUUUCACCCUCCAGCAUCUAAAAAUCCCAUUAUCCAAAAAAGCACCACCCCCUACUGUUAAUUAUAUAUAGAAAAUUCCAAUCCUUAUCCCAAACAUCAGCAAUACCUUUGAUAACCGAAUAACUAUACAGCAAAAUAUGCGUGACCUCUAAGCGUGGGUAUAGAGACCGCCGCACGCAAACAAUGCUAUGCAGUUAUCUAAGGAAUGGGAAAUGUUUGAAGGGUAACUGCUAUAUCCAGCAUCACACACACACACACACCCCCUGGGUCAUGCUGCCACUGGUCUCCUUUGCUGGUGCAAAAUGGCAUGCCAGGGGGCUGUGACACAAAAUUCAGGUGAUGAUUUGCAGCACUCCUGCACAGAUGCAAGUGGCUCUGCUGGCUGGACGGGACGUGGCAGAGCAGCAUGGCCCCUAUCAUAGUCUUCUGGUAAGGAGACAGGAGGGGUCUGAGCAGAGAUCAUGCCUGAACUGAUUUAGAAAAAAAGAUAAUAUUUAUAGUGAGAGAAGACCUUGGUUAGUAUUUAUUCCUAUAUCCCCUCACUACCACAGUGCCAGAGCUAUAAUUGCUCAAAUCAGUCUCACAGAAGAUAACUUUUCAACAAAAGCUUUUUCUUCCCCCUCUCACACCCCACAUUCCUUCCACUUUGCUCGGUUCCUCUAAUGAAAUCAUCGCCUUGUGACUGCAAAGGCUGUUGCUAGGCAUAAACGUUGCGGUGAAUUCAACAUUGUCUAAUUUAACUGUUGAGACGAAUAAAUGCAUAGAAGGAAUAUAACAGAACUUAUGAAUGACAAGACAAAACAUACUUGUGAAUAGCUAGAACUGGAUAUUAAACAAUGAAUCAAACUUUCAAAUUCUCCUUUUGGCUAUGUCACGCUACCUUCAUUAUUAACAUUUAAGAAAAGGAGGAGCUAUUCGUCAAAACCAAAUACCCCAAAGUUGGCUAUAAAUCCAUAUUUUGUUACUUUUUAUCAGUAUUUUAGGCAUCUCAGUGCUGAAUGAAGCACACAAGUGCUGCCCAUGUUAAAAUUCAGGAGGAGUAUUGAAGCAAAAGAAAAUGAGGCUUCAAGUAAAAACUACAGGAUAAGGCUCAUGGUAAGAAAGUCUAAACGGUGCGUGGAGGUGAAAUGACUUCCUGAUUUCUUAGCCUGUCACUACUCUGGAUACUUAGGUUCUGUUUUUCAAGUCAGACUACCAUAUAAGUUCAUCUUAAAUUAAACAACAAUGUCGUGUUGUCCA